AAGUGUUUAUCGCGAUAUUAUCGCGCUGAGGAGGUUACGUCGAUUUGCGAGCGUAUCAGUUUUGCUUCGCUUUGAGACACACACGGUUCCCUCUCUAUCAUUCCCGAAGUCUUGAUUGAAGUUUCGCGUUGUUAGGAAGGUCGAGCUCGACUUUUUUCGAGGGAAAUCUCCGAGGAAGUUUGCGGCGUUUUCUGUACACCUGUUUCGUGCCUCCGUACCGAAUUCCAGAGUACCGUAAAGUGCAUUCAAUCAGAUUCUGGCAUAAAAAAGCGGAUCGAGCGACGGCGUCACCGACGACUGUCACCCUUGGUAUCGAGUAGUUGCAAUUAGGUGGAAAGAGAUAAUUUUGGAGGACGCUAGGAGGGACUUCUACGAAACGCGUAAAGCCCAGUUUUAUCAAAAUGCCAGGUGCGAGGAAAGCCGUGAAAACGCGCAGGGUUCCUCGAAUUUCGUGGAGGGCCAUCUGGGCCGAUCUUUAGGACCGUAAUCGCGAUGACGUCAACCCGAUGAGGAUCGGAGCGGUCGGAAGAUCGAAGGCCACGUGGAUCGGACAGGCGUCGAAAGAUCACUGGAAAAAGAAAAAGAAAAAUAUGUAUCAGCAUGUCGGAAGGCGGAACGCAAGUAGCAAGCGAGGACGAGAAGAGAAUAUCCCUGUAUGUUUUUCCGGGCCCUUUAUCGUCGCCGACCGUAGCACAAAAAUCACAAAUGAGUGUCAGCAGGCCACCGAAUCAACGGAGCCAUGCUCGCUCUGCCAGUCAUGGAGGUAUUCUGGGCUCGACUACGACGAGCUUACAGAGUGCACUCGACGGAGGAGGAGGAGGAGGAGCAGGAGGUGGAACGAUGAUGGCCAGCGGGAUAGGUGCAACCGGUCGACCGUCGGCUUUGAAGAAACCUGGUCACCAGAGAGCCUUUAGUCAAGGUCAGGCUGUCGAUGUUCAGGGUCGACCGGUCCUAGGUCAUAGUCGAGUUGGUUCUAGAACGGACUUUAUCUUGCCUCCUGGACAUCGUGAAGAGUCACGACAAAUCAGCAGUAGCAAGGCGCCUGCGUCUCGAGGCCACUCGAGACAAGCCUCAAGAUCCGAAUCAAUUUACACAAUACGCCGCAAUGUUAUGCCACCCUGGUGGAGGAGAGCGUGGGCUCGUUGCGUCGGAUCGGUUCCAGAAGAGCCUCCGUUAAGAACCGUCGUGCCAAACCAUUUGAUUCCUCCGAACACCUCUUCGAGUAAACACCCAAAUGGUAUUAGGAUUGACAACAGGGUGUGCACGACGAAGUAUACAGCGCUGAGCUUCCUGCCACGUAACUUGUUAGAACAGUUUCACCGUGUAGCAAAUUUAUACUUUAUCUUCAUAGUGUUAUUGAAUUGGGUGCCAGCGAUUAACGCCUUUGGGAAGGAAAUCGCGAUUAUACCAGUAGCCUUUGUCCUCGGAGUAACUGCAAUAAAAGACUUCUUUGAAGAUAGGAGACGCCUUGCAAGUGACCGUCGUAUUAACAACUUGACCUGUCGGGUGUAUUUUGGAGAAGGGGAUCGGUACAAAAAGAUACCCUGGAAAGACGUCAAAGUUGGAGAUUUAGUCCAUCUGUCGAACAACGAAUUGGUUCCUGCUGAUCUCCUACUACUAAGAAGCAGCAAUCCUCAAGGCUUGGCUUACCUGGAUACUUGCAACCUUGAUGGUGAGACGAAUUUAAAGCAACGUCAAGUAGUCAGAGGUUUCCUUGAGCUGUGGAAAACGUUUCAACCAUCAAAGUUUUGUUCGGUCGUUGAAGUUGACCGACCCAGCACCAGGAUCUACAGGUUUCAUGGUGCAGUGGUCCAUCCUAAUGGAGCCAGAGUACCUGUCACUACAGAGAAUCUACUGUUACGGGACUGUCUGUUAAAGAACACCGACUUCAUUGAAGGCAUAGUAGUCUACGCUGGCCAUGAAACCAAAGCCAUGUUGAACAAUGGAGGUCCCAGGUACAAGCGUUCUCGUCUGGAGAAACAAAUGAAUCUGGACGUGAUCUGGUGCGUCGUCAUCCUGGUGGUUCUGUGCAUAGUCGGUGCAAUUGGAAGCAGACUCUGGUUGUCUGCGUACUCAUCGACAACGGGUCCGGUGCCUUUUCUCCCGUACAUGCAGGAUCCUACGGUCGAGGGAAUGCUGACUUUCUGGACGUUCGUUGUCAUUCUGCAAGUGAUGAUCCCUCUGAGUCUUUACGUAACUCUGGAGAUGGCGAAGGUCGGUCAGGUCUACCACAUAGGACUCGACAGGACACUCUACGAUCCUGAAACCGACCGUAGAGCAGAAUGUCGAGCUCUCAAUAUCACCGAGGAACUUGGCCAGGUGCAGUACGUGUUCUCCGACAAGACUGGAACACUUACAGAGAACAAAAUGAUCUUCAGAAGAUGUGCAAUCGGUGGACACGACUACGUUCACACCGGAGAAGGAGAAAAUUUGAUGGCGAAUAAGAGACUCAAGGAGGAUUUGCUUAUCGGCAUGUCCAGGCAUCGGCUGCAGGAAUUCUUGAUACUCCUAGCUGUUUGUAACACAGUUGUAGUCAAUACACACUCACAUCGAGAUAUCAUGAACGCCAGCGGUAUCGUGGAGGAAUCCUCUAAUGAUGACAUUACUCCUGCAAGGUACACGAGACUGUCCGAAUCAAGAAGUACUACUCCUAGUCCUAGUCCUACGGUGCCUCCUGCUUUAGCUGAACUUCCUUCGACUACUGAUACCGUAACUGCAACGACCACGAUUACCUCAUCGCUUGUACGCAACUCACUAGCCAACAUAGCAGAAUCACUGGACACAACAAGUUUCAGGUUUAAGGAGCCAUCAAACGAGAGCGGAAAUGGAGCACCCGUGGAAUCGGUGCGAAUUUACGAAGCUGAGAGCCCGGACGAGUUGGCCCUGGUCUACGCCGCCAGAAUUUAUGGGGUAAAACUCCUGGAGCGGACUCCACGAAGCGCGGUGAUCUCUCUACCGGAUGGCAAGAUCAUGAGCUUCGAAAUCCUCCAAGUGCUGCCGUUCGAUUCGAAUAGAAAGUGCAUGUCGGUAGUAGUACGUUAUCCGCGUACUGGUGACAUAGUCUUGUACAGCAAGGGAGCGGACACGACGGUACUGGCCUCGUUGAAGUACAACGACGAGGACUCGCUACCGACCUCGAAGGUCAGGCAGUACCUGCACACGUACGCCAGGCAAGGCUUGAGGACCCUGGCGAUGGCGCGCAGGUCGCUCACGCCCCAGGAGUAUGAGACCUGGAGGGCGAGGCACGUCGAGGCGGAAAUGGCCGCUGAAAAUCGCGAACGCCGAAUUCGGGAGUCCUAUUCCGUCCUCGAGUCGCAUCUCACUUUGCUCGGCGCCACGGGAAUCGAGGACAGACUGCAACCUGGGGUCCCCGAGGCCAUUGCUGCUCUCGUCGCAGCUGGCAUCGUCGUCUGGGUCUUGACAGGCGACAAACCGGAGACUGCAGUCAACGUCGCCUACUCGGCGAAGCUGUUCUCGCCGGCGAUGCAGCUGCUGCAUCUGCAGGCCAGGUCGAAAACCGUCGCGGAAACUUUGAUCCUCGGCCACCUGGAGGCGAUUCAGAGGGAAAUGGUGGCGACCGGGAUUGCCGGGCAUCAUAAUGAAAGCAAUUCGAUUACCAACGACUCUAGUUAUAGGCCCGAUCAGGCUCCUCGUAGGAUCGGAUCCUGGAGGCAGAGAGCUCUCGUCGUUGAUGGAAAGACCCUGACGGUGAUCCUCGAUCCGAGAUCGGGCCUCACCGCUCCCUUUCUUGAAUUGACCAGGAGGUGCGCCAGCGUUCUGGCCUGUAGAGCUACGCCUCUUCAGAAGGCAUACAUCGUCAAAGUAGUCAAGGAGAAAUUGGGCAUGAGGACGCUGGCCAUAGGGGACGGUGCAAACGACGUCAGCAUGAUUCAAACAGCCGAUGUUGGAGUCGGAGUCUGUGGACGAGAAGGCACUCAGGCUAUUAUGGCAGCUGAUUUCGUGAUAGCUCGAUUUCCAAUGCUUGCCAGGCUUCUCCUUUUGCACGGCCAUUGGUGCUACGAUCGUCUCUCUAGAAUGAUACUUUACUUUUUCUAUAAGAACGCCACCUUCGUCUUCCUCAUAUUUUGGUAUCAGCUGUAUUGCGGAUUUUCUGGGGCGGUGAUGAUCGACCAGAUUUACCUGAUGCUCUACAAUUUGCUUUUUACCUCGCUGCCACCUCUUGCCCUUGGAGUCUACGAUCGUGUUGCAGCUGCGGGAGUGCUUCUCUCCAAUCCUCGACUUUACGAGCGAAGUAGGUUAGCUCUCGUUUACCAGCCCCACUCUUUUUGGAUCACCAUGGCCGAUGCUCUCUAUCAAAGCAUCGUCAUCUUCUUCCUCACAGAAGCGGUUUACCAUGACUCGGAGGUGGACAUCUGGGAGUUUGGAAACACCAUUACGACUAGUUGUAUCGUCGUGAUGUCAAUCCAUGUAGCCAUAGAGACGAAGUCAUGGACCUUGAUUCACAUUGGGGCCAUAAUGGCAUCGCUGGGCAUAUUUUUUGGAUUUUCCUUGCUGUACAAUGCCGUUUGUGUAAAUUGUAUGGGACUGCCAGGUUCCUAUUGGGUGAUGCAAGUAGCCAUUGGAAGGUACACGUACUGGUUAACUGUUUUAUUAGCAUCCGUUCUCGCCGUGUUGCCUAGACUUAUUUAUAAUACGGUAAAAUCUACCAUAGCACCGGAUGUGGUGCAGCGAGCUGUCAUGGAAUAUCAGUCGAAAGAUAUGCAAGUUAUCGAGGAACAACACAGAAGGUCCGCUGCCAGCGGAGGGCCCAGUUUUGUGGCAGACUGGUCGCGAGCUACGCAGGAUGCUACUAUCAGGCCUAGAAGUGGUUCGAAGAAGAUCAGCGUCCUGACGACUGUUGUAGCAUAACGUGUUAAUAUUUAUUAUACCAUAGACCACGGAGUCUGAUGAAUCACACGUUGCUGCUGGAUGUGCACCGAUGGAGCAAAUCCUGUCUGUCAGAAUUUGCAUCUUCGAUGCAUCCCCCUUGCCUUGUUGCAGUGACCGCAGGGGUCACCCUCAUUUAACAAGAAACUGACAACUUUGACGGUUAAACUGAGACUUGUACAGCAUUGAUUCCUACUCACCUACUAAUUUAAUUGCGUGUAUUUUUAUAUAGAUAGUCUUUGGAAGAGCCCGCAUCGAAUUCCCUCAGACUCUGCCUUCUCGAGGUGGUCCGGAAUUGAUCUUUUUACCUCGUGAACGUCGUUUCACCUUAUCAACCGUUCCUCGAGAUAACUGCGAGGAGCUGCCUGGAACUGAUUGCACGUUGAACAGACACCUUAUGUUAGCUAAGAAUUUCCUCGGAUUCGAUGCGGCGGCUUCCACGACGCGGUGGACUUUUGUCCUCGUAAAAAGAACCGCGGUGUCGGUGGUUGUUUCCUCGCGUGAACAAGUGCAAUGUCAAAUGUAUUAUGUAGGUGACAGGGAUAAAUUAUUGUUAAUCUUACUGCUACUACUGCUACCAUUGCUACUACGGCACUCUGUAGAGUUAGUAACUAGUGUUUACAUAGCUAAGUACCGCCGUUAUUGUUACGAUAGUCGGGUGGCCUUAAAUUCAGACUGUUCGUCGCAUUUUUGGCUGUGACGUCUAGGGACCAAUAAGUAGCUCAAUUAGUUAUUCAAUUAUUAAUGUUGAUAAGCGGUCACGACGGUACUCGAGUUACGAGUCGGGACGAGGGUGCCGAGCACGCAGUCGCGGGCUUACUUUCAGCCGCACUGAUUUCUUCGUUUAUACAAAUGAUAUGAGCGUUUAAGAUGCAGUAUUUCAGAGGCCGUUUCUUGCGGGGGAAAUUAUUACACGUUUUCCUCACGCUAUGUGAAUGGUGGUCGUAAUUAACGUAAUGAAUGGUCGUAUGAUUAUCCGAAUGGGGUUGUUGCAUGUAAAUAGAGGAACGUUCGUCUUCGACACCGCGAUCAGGUGCUGUAGAUCAAACGAAGGGCUUCUACUUUUAAUUUCAUACUUCAUUUAACUUAAGAACGGCUGGCUCCUCGUUUAGAGAAUGCUUCUUAUUGGCUACCCAACGUUGACGUCGCAUAUUUUUCUCGCUCAUCUUUUCGUUCGUAAGAAAUAUGCACUCGCAUAUUUUUUAUAUGACCAUUACAGUCUUGGCUGCAACUACUAAAUUAUUGGUCUUUAUCUCAGCAUCGGUGGUUUUAUAAUUAUACAUGUGAAAAUCAGAAGGAUCGGAAUACUUAUCGUUGGAAGCUGGUCUAUCGACUCUCAUGCAGCAGAGAUCUUCUCGUAUCUUUUGUUCAUUGUCUGCGACGGAUGUAAUUAAAGAAUAUAUUUCCUCUUUUGACGUCUCUUAGCACUUUGCGUUGCUUGAUAGUUUCAGUCUAUUGUCCGAUGUUGAUUUUAAUGUCUUGUCUCUAACCUACGAGGUCUAUUACAUCGUAGGGAGAAAUGGGUUUUUUACUCAGAUUGUGCAACAACCUCAUUAAAAAUUACUUUACCGAGAACCUGUUUAAAAGAAUUCUAUACUGGUUUCAUCGAUGCUUAAGAAAUGCUUUAUCGAGUGUUGAAAUUGAUCGCACGAAUGAAUAAAAAAAAUCUUUAGGAUUGGAUUUCUUAAAUUUGUUUGGAAAAAUUCUAUUUCUUCCGAGAAUUCGAGUGAUCUUUUAAUUUAUUUCACGCACGUUUUGGGGUUUUUAUAGAAGUGGAUCAUUGCAGUAUUUAUUGAAGGCGAUCAGCUGUUUGGGGCUGAUCGAUGAUGGAUCUAUUUUAUCGAAAGUGUAUGCGAACUAUUUUAAAUAGGUGUCUCUCGCCUUGUGGAUUUUCGGGUAGAUUGAGAAUUGUGAAUGCAAAGAGGAGGCCAAUACCUGUUUACGAUAAGAAAUUAUUAAUAAAAGUGACAGUACUAUGCACGUGUCGCUCGCACGAUGGCACAAAAGAAUAGGAUGGCUUUUUGUUUUGAUGUUAGGGUCGUCAGACGUUUGCCAGUUGUAGGCGAUUUAAUAGUUGAUAUACAAAAGAUGUUGCAAGUUUUAUUAAAUCGAUUGUAUUUUGGUAAUCGCGAGACGCUAUUGUGUGUGAUAAUACAGGCGGAGUAUGGUGGAA